UCGUGGAAGGAAGAAGACAGUGCACUGAAAGACGGCAGACGUAAACAUCGGGUUUACUUGUGUAAUACCGUUUUAUAAUUUUAUAUCCAAGUUUUUCUUCGUAAAAUAGUGUAGAAAUGCGAGAAUAAAUCAUAAAUUCUUUUCAAAAGUUCAGAACAAACAUAAACCGAAACGAUGGCACUUCGAUUGCUUAUCCAUUGCCGGGAAAUCCCAGCGUUUGUGCGAUCGACUCCGGUAAACUUCUGCCAGCGGCCGUUGCUGAACCCGUCCCAGUUCGCUCACCGGUCCAGCCUGCUCCGAUACAGCCGCCAAAUGCGCAACAACACCCGGGGAGAAUCCUUUGCCCCGAAGCAGACCAUUGUUCCGACGGGACUUCAGGGCGCUGCCAUCGAAUCCGGAGGUUACAUUGACCCGUCCCGGCUGUGGAAGUCGUUUGUCUUUACGGUGGCGUUUAGUGCGGGGAGCUUUGUCGGCGUUACGAUAUGGGAGUACGAAACGGUUCGAUCACGGGCAAUGGAUGCCCUGAGGGCUAAGUUGAAUCUAAAUUGGUUCCGGGAGCGCAUGAAGGACAAACGGCGGGAAGUGGAACAGUGGCGGAAGGAUGUUAACGGGUGGUGGAGUAAGCUGAGCCCGGGAGAGCGGAUAUUCGCGCCAAUUUGUGCGCUGAACGUGGUGGUCUUUGGAUUGUGGAGGAUUCCGCAGUUGCAGCCGAUGAUGUUGAGGCUUUUCGCGUCCAAUCCGGCGGCAAAAGCCGUCUGCUGGCCAAUGUUCCUGUCGACUUUCAGCCACUACUCGCUGUUCCACAUAGCGGCCAACAUGUACGUGCUACACAGUUUCUGCCACGGUGCGGUGGCCACCCUGGGCCGGGAACAAUUCCUAGGGCUGUACCUGAGUGCGGGAGUGAUCGCCUCGUUCGCCAGCCACGUGUUCAAAACGGUGAUGCGCCAGCCGGGCCUAUCGCUGGGAGCUUCCGGAGCGAUCAUGGGCAUCUUGGCGUACGUCUGCAGCCAGUAUCCGGACACCCAGCUGAGCAUCGUGUUCCUGCCGAUGUUCACCUUCUCGGCGGGGGCUGCCAUCAAAGUUAUAAUGGGAAUCGAUCUGGCCGGAGUGCUGCUCGGCUGGAAGUUGUUUGACCAUGCAGCUCACUUGGGAGGGGCGCUGUUCGGGAUGUUCUGGGCGUAUUACGGCAGUCGGAAUGUGUGGCCACUGCGGGAGCACUUCAUUGGAUACUGGCACGAGUGGAGGGGGCCUCCGAAAAAAUAAUCCGUAUGACGGGGUAGAUAAAGUAGGUAUUUGACAAUAGGGACGGCUCGGAAUGGAUCGCCUUCAAUUUAACGAAGUAUAAAAAUUUCGAGUGCGUUCCAACUGCUUGACAAAAACCUAAUUUGUUGAGUUGUGUGGGCCAUGAUUUAAUUUUAUUGAUCAGUUUGAAACUGUUUGACACGUGGCAAUAAAAAAAAUCUUGUUUUGUUGGCCAAUUA